AUGGCAUCUUCUAGCGGUGCUGCCGAGCCUCCUGUCAACGAGGUUCCUGCUGAUGCCUGCUCGGUAUCGGACGAAUCGGACUCCAGCAACGAGGAGGGCUGGGAAGAUGUCGAGCCUGAGGAUGAGUCGCAGCCUGUCAUAGGACUGUUUUCGGACACUGUUUUCCCUGACGUGCGUUCGAUGUUGAAGGAAAGCAAGGAGAAGAACAACUUUGAUCUGCUGAAGAUCCAGAAAGACCUUGAUCUGGAUUUCCUGGACACCAUUAAAUUGGUCAACUAUGUGCGGUCCGAGGUGCAGGCAGGGAACAAGACUCCCGAUGUUUCCUCCAAAGAGAAAUUCGCCGAUGAUGCCUACCUGAAGCCUGUUCUGGAGGAUGACGCUGUUCUGUACAGCUUGGAUGACAUUGCUGAGGACCAGGGCGAGGAUGCAGCCCCCGGUAGCGAGGCAGAGCGCAAGGUUCUUGAGCUCCAGGAGGAUCUGGAGCGCCUGCAGACUCAGUUCUCCGAGUACAGACUCGCCGUGCAAAAGUCGAUGGAAGACCAGUUGACCAAGGAAGAUGAGAAGCUUGAGCCCGGUCAAAAUGCGAAGAGGCCGGUCAAGGAUCGCCUUGAGGAUGCCGACGCCGACUACUUCAGUUCUUAUUCUUACAACACCAUCCACGAGUCUAUGCUGAAAGACGCCAUCCGUACCGAUGCUUACCGUGAUUUCGUCUACGAAAACAAGCAUCUUUUCAAGGAUAAGGUUGUCUUGGAUGUGGGUUGUGGAACCGGCAUUCUGUCCAUGUUCUGUGCCAAGGCGGGUGCGAAGAAGGUCAUCUCGGUCGACAAUUCUAACAUUAUCGACCGGGCUCGGGAAAUUGUGUAUGACAAUGGCCUGGGUGAUGUGAUCACAUGCAUUCGUGGCAAGAUCGAAGAGGUCACUCUGCCCGUUGAUCAGGUCGAUAUCAUCAUCUCCGAAUGGAUGGGCUAUGCAUUGCUCUUCGAGGCCAUGUUUGACUCUGUCAUCUACGCUCGGGAUCGCUACCUCGCCCCCGGUGGUCUAAUGGUCCCAUCUCACGCUACCCUCCGCAUUGCUCCCUUCGCCGAUCCGGAUUUCAUUGCGUCCCAUGUUUCCUUCUGGAACAAUGUGUACGGCUUCAAGAUGACUAGCAUGCAGCUGAACAUUCACGACGAAGCUCUUGUUCGUCAUGUCCCUACUACCUCCAUCCCUGCGGAGUCGGCUGUCUUCCUGCCAUUGCCGCUGCACACCAUCACUGUCGAUGAGUUGACCUUCUUGAAAGACUUCAAGGUAACCCUUGAUAAGGAUAUUGACGCCCUCGAUGGCUGGGCUAUCUGGUUUGACAUGUUCUUUAUGCCCUCAUCUGAAUCUACUGUCCCGGAAAACGCUGUCCCUUCUGAUAUGCAGAAGAAAGGCUUCGUUGGUUUCACCACUGGCCCCUAUGGAACUGAGACCCACUGGCAGCAGACUAUCUGUCUGAUCGAUCACGGCAAGCAGGAGCCCCGGCCUUUCAAGAAGGGCCAGGUUCUUACUGGUAAGAUUGGCUACCAGAAGAAGGAACAAGGGUCACGACUGCUGGACAUUGAUGUCCAGUGGCAAGCAGAUGAUGCCACCAAGGGUAGCCAGCACUGGUCCCUUCAAUAA